UAUUUUUGUUUUUCUAGCUCAGGGAACUUUGAGAUGGGAUCUGUGGUUGACAGUUGAAGAGUGCUGACUAAAACUUAUAUAUUUUACUUGGGGAUCCCUCAGGGUAGCCCUGGGGCCAUGCACCUGCUCCUGCUCCUGUGGCCAGGAAGCUUUGUGUCAGUGGGCUUGGGGGACCCCACACCCUGCAGUUGCCGAAGCUUCCCUGAAUGUCUGAGCCCUGGGUCCUUCGCUGCCUAUUUGGGUCCCCACUGUGGAUGGAGCUGUGCCUUUCCUGCACCUCCCUGGUCUUCUUUACAUGGGUCAUCUCUUCCCACCAGAGCACCAGGCUGCACCCCAGAUCGUUCACAAUGCACACAGGACCUCCCCAUUGAUGGGACCAAGGGAUCCCCCUUCCCAUCACCUCCAGUCGGCCUGGUCACCUCUUUCUGCUGAGUGUCCAGGAGUGCAGGGUGACAUGCUGGCUCAGCCAUGCCCCCCAGCAGCAAUCCCGAACCGCACCUUCCCCAUAGCCCUGUCCCCAGGGCCCUUGGCAACCCUGACCCUGUGAGAUCCUCUGCCCUUCUGGCCCUGCCCCUGACCCCGCCACAUCGGGCAGAGUAUUUCAGUAGCUGCCCACUGAGCACCUCAGUACAGAAGCCCUGGGCUGCCUGUCCUGGGCACCUCUGGCCAGGCAGCCUCACCUGCUCCAGGUGUCCUCAGACGCCACAGUGACACAGCCACACUCCAGCCUCAGCAGGUGGCUGCAGCUCCACUCCCCAAAACUCCCUGCUGCCCCUCAGACAGAUGGCCAUGGAUGAGGCCCGGAGCCGAGCACAGGCAGCCCUGACGCUGGCGGAGCAGAUCUUGGCAGAGUUCCAGCUGCAGGAGGAGGAUCUGAAGAAGGUGAUGCGGCGGAUGCAGAAGGAGAUGGACCGAGGCCUGAGGCUGGAGACCCACGAGGAGGCCAGCGUGAAGAUGCUGCCCACCUACGUGCGUUCCACCCCAGAAGGCUCAGAAGUCGGAGACUUCCUGUCCCUGGACCUGGGAGGCACCAACUUCAGGGUGAUGCUGGUGAAGGUGGGGGAGGGUGAGGAGGGACAGUGGAGCGUGAAGACCAAACACCAGAUGUACUCCAUCCCCGAGGACGCCAUGACAGGCACUGCAGAAAUGCUGUUUGACUACAUCUCUGAGUGCAUCUCUGAUUUCCUGGACAAGCACCAGAUGAAGCACAAGAAGCUGCCCCUGGGCUUUACCUUCUCCUUCCCUGUGAGGCAUGAGGACAUCGACAAGGGCAUCCUUCUCAACUGGACCAAGGGCUUCAAAGCCUCAGGAGCAGAAGGGAACAACAUCGUGGGGCUUCUGCGAGAUGCCAUCAAGAGGAGAGGGGACUUUGAGAUGGAUGUGGUGGCCAUGGUGAACGACACAGUAGCCACAAUGAUCUCCUGCUACUAUGAAGACCGCCAGUGUGAGGUCGGCAUGAUCGUGGGCACAGGCUGCAACGCCUGCUACAUGGAGGAGAUGCAGAACGUGGAGCUGGUGGAAGGGGACGAGGGCCGCAUGUGCGUCAACACCGAGUGGGGCGCCUUUGGCAACUCUGGCGAACUGGACGAGUUCCUGCUAGAGUAUGACCGCAUGGUGGACGAGAGCUCCGUGAACCCCGGUCAGCAGCUGUACGAAAAGCUCAUCAGCGGAAAGUACAUGGGCGAGCUGGUGCGGCUCGUGCUGCUCAGGCUGGUGGAUGAGAACCUGCUGUUCCGCGGGGAGGCCUCAGAGCAGCUGCGCACGCGCGGCACCUUCGAGACGCGCUUCGUGUCGCAGCGACCCGGGCGACCGCAAGCAGAUCCACAACAUCCUGAGCACUCUGGGGCUGCGGCCCUCCGCCACCGACUGCGACAUCGUGCGCCGCGCCUGCGAGAGCGUGUCCACGCGCGCCGCGCACAUGUGCUCCGCGGGGCUGGCGGGCGUCAUCAACCGCAUGCGAGAGAGCCGCAGCCUGGACAUGAUGCGCAUCACCGUGGGCGUGGACGGCUCGGUGUACAAGCUGCACCCCAGCUUCAAGGAGCGGUUCCACGCCAGCGUGCGCAGGCUGACGCCCCGCUGCGAAAUCACCUUCAUCGAGUCCGAGGAGGGCAGCGGCCGGGGCGCCGCGCUGGUGUCUGCGGUGGCCUGCAAGAAGGCCUGUAUGCUGGGCCAAUGAGGGCCCGCGAGGGCGCAGACGCGGGGCCACCGCUGCUCUGAGGACUGGAGAGGCCCCUGGAGCCCAGCCGGCCCCUUCUCUAGUUCAGUCGAUGGAGCAGAGCCCCUGCCUGGCUGGAGUGACUGCCAGGAGAAGCAGGCACAGAGACUCUGACCCCCUUGGCUUCCUUGCUGGAAUCAAAUACCCAGAAAGGAGUGGAUAACUCAGGACUUUGCAGUUCCGAGCUACCCACCCAGGGAGAGGGGACCCCCAGAAGGACGGGUUCUCUGGGCUGGCCUGGAAAUGGGUCUUGUGGGGCCUCACCCUGCAAGGAGAGGCAUCUCCAGAAGCUUAGCCAGACCAGACCAGAGCCCAAGGGGAAUGAGGGCUGCUGGCAGCUGGGUUGGUGUGUCCUUCCCUGUGGCUCAGGAGGCCUGGGACCCCCGGGAAAGGGGCCCCGCAGCAUGGAAGUGCUUCCCAGGCCACAGGGAUCUUUUUGGUCACACAGCCCCACCCCGAGUGACUGGUAGUUCUGGCCUGGCUCUUCACAGGAGAUGCCAAGGGAGCUGCAAAGGAUUUCCUGCAUUAUCAGGGGCCCUUACCUGUGCCCACAGGGAGGACGGUGUCCGUGGCUGUCACACUGGCCCAGGAAGAUGCUCCCAGCAGCAUCCUGCACACCUCAAAAGGCCUCCCCUUGUCCUCAUCAGGACAUUCAUGUGCCACGUGACCUUCUCUAUGCCCAGACCGGGCCUAUAGGGUUUUUAAUUAAAAACUUUAAAAGGUUUAA